CAGGUUUACAGGAAAUGUGAGAAUCAGGAAGUCGAAAGUUUGAAAGGUUUGUUUUGUCGGCGAAGACGACUGCCAAAAUGUCCAAAGUUUGACUUCUAUAUAUAUAUAUAUAUAUAUAUAUAUAUACACAGUGUUCAAAGAAAACCAGGUGUGAAAACUGCCUCCGAAGUCUAAGGGGGGUAAGGAUUAUCGGCCGAAACCAUGAAUCGAGUCCCCCUGCAGCAGCAGCAGAGCUGUGGUUCCUGGGAGAGGAAGGAGCGGCUGGGCACCGGAGGCUUUGGGAAUGUAACAAGAUGGCAAAACAAGGACACAGAGGAACAGAUUGCUAUAAAGCAGUGUCGUCAGGAGCUGAGUGACAGAAACAAAGAGAGAUGGAGUCUGGAGAUCCAGAUCAUGAAGAGGUUGGAUCAUGUUAACGUUGUCGCAGCCAGAGAGGUUCCUGAGGGAAUGCAGAAAUUGGUGGCCACCAAUGACCUGCCGCUGCUGGCUAUGGAGUACUGUCAGGGAGGAGAUCUAAGAAAGUAUCUGAACCUAUUGGACAACUGCUGUGGAAUGAGGGAGGGCUCCGUUUUGAUUCUGUUAUGUGACAUUUCGUCAGCUCUUACCUACCUCCAUAAGAAGAGGAUCAUCCACAGAGAUUUGAAACCAGAAAACAUUGUGCUGCAGCAGGGAGAGAAGAGAUUGAUCCAUAAGAUUAUUGACCUGGGCUAUGCUAAAGAGCUGGACCAGAGCAGCCUGUGCACCUCAUUUGUGGGAACACUUCAGUACUUGGCUCCAGAACUCAUUGAGAGACAGAAGUACACGGUCACUGUGGACUACUGGAGCUUCGGGACUCUGGUGUUCGAGUGCAUCACAGGAUUUAGGCCUUUCUUACCAACCUGGCAACCUGUUCCUUGGCACAACAAACUGAGGCUUAAGCAGAACACUGAUAUUGUCGUCUAUGAGGACCUCUUGGGGGAAGUGCGCUUCUCUCAGCAUCUUCCUCAGCCCAACAACCUCAACAGUCUGUUAUUAGAGAGAAUGGAGAGGUGGCUACAGCUGAUGUUAAAGUGGUCUCCUCAGGAGCGUGGCAAAGAGCCCAACGCUACUCCCAUGGACUGCUUCUCCCAGCUGCAGGUCAUUCUGCAGCUCAAGCUGGUCAAUGUCCUGAACAUGAUUUCUGCUAAAAUCUUGUCAUACUCUGUCUCGGAAGAAGAGACUGUGGCCGACCUGCAACUCAGGAUAGAGAAAGACACCAACAUCCCUGCAGCCAAUCAGGAGCUGCUACUUGAAGCGGGACUAGCCUUGGAGCCUCAUGGACUGGCCACGCAGUGCGCCAUAGAUUACUCAGAGAUAGAUGGGCGACGGACAGACUUGCCUAUGGUCUUCCUGUUUGAUCGUUCCUCUUGCAGUUAUGAACCUCAGUUUGCUCCUCGCACCCUUCCAGAAAACAUUCGCUUUGUCCAAAACGACCCUAAACACGUUCUAGCUUACAGCUCUCUGAGGAGAACCUGCGGCCAGGCGUGGCACACCAUCCGCUCCCUGAAGGAAGACUGGCAAAGACUGCAGCAGGGCCAGAAAGCUGCCAUCAUGAGCCUGCUGAGACACAACUCUUCACUGUCCAAACAGAAGAACGAGAUGGUGUCCAUGCACCAGAGACUCAUGGCAAAGCUGGACUUCUUCACCACCAGCCUUCACAUAGACAUGGAUAAAUACCAGGAGCAGACAGCAACCGGGAUCGCAUCAGAAAAGCUCCUGGGCGUGUGGAGGGAGAUGGAGCAGACUGCUGUCAGCUGUGGUCAGGCCAAGGUCAGUGAACUGGAGGAGGAGAUGAUGCAGCUGCAGCCAGACAUAGUGGAUGUGCAGAGACAGCCAUGUAGGAGCGGAGAGGCCCUGGACACACUGGAAGGAAAGGCCAUGGAACUGUUUCGCAAACUCAGAGAGAAACCCAGAGAACAGAGGUGCGCAGGCGAUGGUCAGGAGGUGGUGCGCCUGGUGGUGCAGGCUGUGCAAUUCUAUGAGAGGAAGCUCCGAGAUUUCUACACACACCUCAGUAAGACAGCAGUGUGCCGUCAGCGGGUGAUGGAGCUGCUGCCAAAGGUGGAGGGAGUGGUCCAGAGGAUGGCUGAGAGCGAGCAAGUGCUGAUGAGUCUGCAGGAGAAACGUCAGAGGGAGCUGUGGAACCUGCUCAAAGUCGCCUGUAGCAAAGUUCGCAGCCCAGUGAGUGGGAGUCCUGAUGGACUACGAACCCCCUCGUCAGUUCCACCUCUGCUCACCCCCAGACACAGUUUACAGCAGCUCGACGAGUCUCUAGUGGAGGAGAGCAGGACAUUUGAAAGUCGACUCCAGAGUUUGAUGAAUGACACCAUCCAGGAGUCAGAGAGCAGUAUGGAGAUGUUGAGGGAGUGGACGUGGAUGAGCGGAGGCCAGAAUUUCUCCAGUGACCUCUCCUAAUUUGGGUUUUGAUUGUUUUGCUUACAUGAAUUACUCUACUGCCCCUGUGUGGAGGAGAUGUCAAACUACAUCAGAAUGUAGCACUAGCUGAUGUGUGAAAAAUGUGAAUAGAGUAAUAGCUGAUGGAACAUAUUUUCUCUCAUGCUUUUGAGGCAUAUUUAGUUCCACUUGUUUCAUCAUGUUUGGUGGAAUUUUAUUAGGAAACCACCAAUUAUAUUUUUAAGAAUUAUGUUCAUUCAUUCAUUCAAGUAACACAUUUUAUUUUGUUAAGAUAUCGCUUAAUCUGUGUGUUGAGUAUCAAAUGUCAAUAUUUUGCGUUUUUAUGUAUUUCUCACUGGACCAAUAUUGUUAUUGCGAAGUUUAUUUUAGUAAGGAAAAGUUGAAUGACAUGCGACAUUAUAACUUUAAAAUGACUAUUUUAAGCCUAUGAAUGUGUUUGUUUUUUUACAAUGUAAUCUAUUGAUUAUUAUAAGGAGGGUAUGGACAAAAUAACAGGAGUACCAGUACACUUUCAAUACUGCAUCUAGUUUGCAAUAAGUGUUUUGAGGUUUGUUAUGUUAAAUUCAUGUUGGGACUGGUUCUCUUUGCUUGGUGCAAUAGAGGGAUAACAACGCAAAUGCAAAAGUAGAAUCCAAUUUAUGAAAUGUCUUAAAACUGUGAAAAUGGCUUUAAAACUAAGUACAUUUUUAUUAAGAUGACCUCCAUUACAUUUAAAACAGGGUCCUCAUAUAAUUUUGACUAUUGGAGGUGUUCAUUAUUAUGUAUAGAUUCUAAAAAGGGAUGAAAGAUGUUACACAUUCUGUCAUAAUUGUCCGUGAUAUCUUGCCAAUUUGUGAACGCACACUGCUGUUAAGAUUGUGACAAUUUAGAAUAACAAAAUCUGACAUUGAAUUCGAUAUUUUCAAACCAAAGUGCAUUUUGAAAUGUGAAUACAGUAUUUUACUGUACUGUAAGUGAUGUUUCCUUUAAACAAAUAAAUGAAAAGCCCUCAAAAUCA